AUGGCAUCCGCAGCGGAUAUGCAAACAAAUGUCCACCGCUUUCGCAUUCGACGCUCGUCCAUCUCCGACCCUCACGCCGAUCCCUCGUCCACGUUGUCUUCGGCACCGCUCCCGACGACGAAGAAGUGCAGUCGUACUUUUCCCAUUUGCACCCUCUGCGCCAAUGCCGGGUCCAGGUGCAGCCUCUCGACGCCUUUUGACUCAACAGCGGCGCAGACGCAUCAUCUGCGCGCCAGGGUGGAAUGGCUCUCCAGCUUCAUCAACAAGCACGUCCCCGUCGGCCCUACCGGCAUAGCCUCCAUCGACACGGGCACUGAUCUGUCGUCCUUCGUUGACCACAGUCGACGAUCGAAUGCGGCGAGUGACACCAGUCAGGGAGUUCUCCCGACAACACCCUCGCUUGCGGCGCCACUGCAGCGUCAUGCUUCUAGUCGACCCUUUGAUCCCCUAGAAGGCGUCCGUCAUGUCAGUUCUCACGCGACACCCCCAGGGGGGAACGAUCCGCUCAGCCAGCCGCCCUCCAUCUUCUCGAGCCCCGGCAGACCGGGUCUCGCCGCCGCACCCACCAUCGGCACCCCGGGUCUGCCGCCUGACGCCGCCGCCCGCAGGUUUGUCGAUGCCUACUUCCGCAACGUCAACCGUGCCUACCCAUUCGCCAACCGCGACAAGGUCCUGCGCGAUCUGGAGGCCUUGGGCGAAACGGCCAUGGGCCAGCGCGACGCCGGACUCGACCGUGCUGAGUGUUUGGCCAAGGAGGACACCGAGUCUAUCCAGGUUCUGGUGCUCCUCUCGCUGUAUUCGCUGUUCGAUCCCCACGGGGCGUCUGCCUGGUCCAUGGCCGGCAUCGCCUCGAGGCACGCCAUGCUCCUGGGACUCAGUCGGCGCGCCUCCGAAGACAAGUCGCUCGCGGCCGUCGAGCUCGAACUGCGGCAUCGUCUGUUCUGGAGCAUAUUUGUACUGGAUCGCAUGAUGGCUGUGUCCAUGGGGUUGCCCGUCGCUCUCAUCGACGACAACAUGGACGUGCCUCUGCCUGGCUUGACCAUCGAAGAGUUCGCUUCACCAGAACGACAGCAGUUCGCAUCCACGCUCCAAACAAACCGCCACGUCAUCCAGUUGCGGCAGCUCGAAGGCCGGAUUCUCACCCUCAUUCACCACCGGAGGAGGUCGGACAUUGCCUCGUUAUCCCAGGCUGACCGCCGUGCCAUCCUGCAUGACCUCAGAACUGAUAUCGAGGCCUGGUACAGCAGUGGUUCCCUGGUAUCGCCCAUGGAAGCCGACAACAUUCCCAUUCAUAACUCAAUCACCUGGCUCAGUGCCCGCUACUAUCACCUCCUGAUCUUGCUGCAUUAUCCCUGCCAUUUCAACUCCUUCGCUUCGAGUGUCUCGGCGACAGAGCUGCUGAGAUUUGCCCAAAAGCACCUCCAGUCGACCUCUGCCCUCCUUCAACAGCGCCAGCUUCCCUUCAACCGGAUCACGCUGUGUCGCAUAUUCCCCGUAGGUCUUGUGCUGAUACACGGGUUCAUUGCUUGUGAGGCAGAGGGAUCGCCUUUUCCCGCCAGAGACGAGAUCGCCGUCGUUGUCAGCAUCCUCGAAGCAUUUCCGAGCGGCUGGGUCAACGCCCACAAAGCUGCCAACAUCUUUCGCCAGUUCAUGACGCUGACGACCAGCCCGCCGAGCUACGGACCCAUGCACUUUCAGACAACGAUGCUCGGCAACGGGCCUCUCAAUGCCGCGAGGGAGUCGACACAGGCCAUGCUGCGACCGAUACUGACCAACCUUCUCAACCUCAUGCAAGAGGUCCUGGGCAAGGCGACUUGCUAUGCCUUCCACGAGAUGCCCGAUAGUCGGGGCGGCUUCGCGGGCGUUCAGCGGCUCUUUUAUCUUCCUUGUCCCCCACCCCGGACCCUCGCGAAGCCUUGGUGGUUCCCUGUCGGGUCUCACGCCCGGGGCCCGAAGGAGCCAUGGAUUACAACUGGAGUUCUCUCGAAAUGGGCUUUCUCUGAACGAGAGCAUAGAUCUCAGAUGCGCAUCGUCACUGUGCCUUGGCUGCCCGAUGCAGCAGCAGAUUGGAACGCCCUGCGUCAGAGCCUAGUGUGA